CCGGCUGUUUUCGUUAUUCUUUUUUGUUGUUGUUAUUUCAUAAUAUACUAUUAAGAAAAUCCAUUAAAUAUCAACGAAAUGCAGAGCACAAGGAGCAUCCGCCUGCUGUCCCUGGCAAGGAGAUUCGCUCACAUCCGGACAGCGGCGCAAUCAGCCCAGGAACCCACGGGUUCAGGAAAGGACAGCUCCAAAGCCACUUCCGGAUCGGAGCAGACCACACAUUUUGGAUUCCAAACUGUCAAAGAAAGCGAAAAGGAGCAGAAGGUCCACGAGGUCUUCGAACAGGUGGCCAAUUCCUACGACAUGAUGAACGAUGCCAUGUCGCUGGGCAUCCAUCGCGUGUGGAAAGACAUUUUCGUGGAGCGACUGGGUCCCACGCAUGGAAUGCGACUCCUAGACAUGGCCGGCGGGACCGGGGACAUAACCUUUCGCUAUCUGCGCUACCUGGCCAACCAACCCAAUCCUCAGCAGCGCGCCAGCCAUGUUACCGUGUCCGAUAUCAACCAGCACAUGCUGGACGUCGGCGAGGAGCGGGCCAAGCGACUGGGCCUGACCACCGAUCGGCUGCCCAACUCCUCGAUCGCCUGGCAGUGUGCCGAUGCCGAGAAGCUGCCCUUCAAGGACGAGAGCUUCACCGCCUACACGAUUGCCUUUGGCAUCCGGAAUUGCACGCAUGUGGAUAAGGUAAAGAACAGAAGGAUUACUCAUAACUUCUCUUCAACUUCAGGUUCUUUCCGAGGCAUAUCGAGUGCUGCAGCCGGGCGGUCGCUUCAUGUGCCUGGAGUUCAGCCACCUGACGAACGAGACGAUGCAGUGGCUGUACGACCAGUACUCCUUCCAAGUGAUCCCGCCGAUGGGCCAGCUGCUGGCUGGCCAGUGGCAGGCGUACCAGUAUUUGGUGGAGAGCAUCCGGCGGUUUCCCAAGCAGGAGCAGUUCAAGCGGAUGAUCGAGCAGGCGGGCUUCGCGCAGGUGUCCUACGAGAACCUCACCUUCGGCGUCGUGAGCAUUCACUCCGGCUUCAAGUUGUGAGAUCCUCGCGCGACUUGUGUUGCAAGCCACUUAGAUUUACACCUCUGUUGUCUGUUCACGAUUCCCCAUGCUGAUCACGUCGGGCAGGUCAUAAAGCAUCGAAUUGAACAAGCUUU